AUGGCGGACAACCACCACCAGAACCAGACCGGCUGGCUUCCCCUGCCCAACAUGAACGGCGGGAUAUUGCAGAACGGUGCCAAUAUGCAGACUGGAUGUUAUCCCAGCCCGUUCUUCGCCAUGCCAGCAGCGACGACGGGACAGGUCAUGCCUACGACAAAGGUCACGAACCAGACCAUGGCCAUGCCUACACUGCACAACACGGCCACUGCUGCACAGCCAGUCUACACGCCAGGCCCGGGACAGAUACAUUCCCCUCAGCCUGGAAGCCUGGUAGCAUCUCCUGGCUACCAGACUCUGCCAAAUACUUAUAUCCAAGGAGGCAUGUCUCUCGUCCGGAGCGUCACGCCCACUAGCUUGAACAACGACAACAGCGGCAGUAGCAGCAUCAACACCACCAGCAGUGGUGGCGGCAUCAACAGCAGUGAUGACUCCAAGAAGCCAUUCUACCUGCGACCGGCCUGCCACGAGCCAGCCCCCGUUCUCCCACCCGUGGCCAGCAAAGCCGGAGCCAAACGCAAGAGGGCACCCAAAAACAGUAACGGCAACAGUCGCAGCCCUGGAAAGGCGAACAGAUCCUGUGCGGGAAACAACAACAACAAUAUUGCGUCCACAUCGGCCUCUACUUCAUUUCACAGCGGCGGGGACGGCACUGCUGCUGCUCCAUUCACGUUCCCUAAGGAGGAUGCGGACGGGAGUGCACCGGUGUCUAUGCCAACGCAGCCGGCUUUGAGUGGCAUCCAGCAAAACUACCACCAAUACCACAUCCCGCAGCAGCAGCAGCAGCAGCCAUCCAUAUUCACACCCACAACAGCAACACCACAGCCCACGGUCACCACCGCCACCAUCACCCGCAAGAAGACUACAACGCGCCGUCCUCGUCCUGCUGCUACUGCCGCUGCAGAACCACCACAAGGGGUCCCUCCCGAGGAACCAGACUCCGAGGAAGAAGCCCGCAUCGCCGCGAAGCGGGCAAAGAAGGAGAGAAAGUGCUACAUCAACACGGGCAUCAGCGAGGCCGACAAGGCCCGCAGCCUCGGCCACCAGCUCGACAACGCCCUGGGCGCGGUGGGGGACCGGUACGCGUGGCAGAAGUCGCAGGCGCAGAAGGACCGCGAGGAGGCCGAGGCGUCCCAGCAGCAGUUCGUGGACAGCUUGAUCGCGGCCGGGAUCGCGCGGGAGGCAGAGGCAGAAGAGGAGGAGGAGGAGGCAAAGGAGCGGGAGGAACAAGAGGCAGAGGGGCGAGAGCAGUUGAAUCUGGCUGGACUCUCGACAGCUGCAAUGACUGGCAAUUAUGGCGGUGGUGGUGCUCAUGGCGACGGCACAAUCAACCCGGCUCUGUUGCUCCUCGACCAGCAGCAGCAGCAGAAUACCUUGGAUCAGCUCCAGCCGUUCCCUGAUCCCACAGAGGAGGCACCCUGGGCGAACACGGACUUCCAGAUGGACACUGCGUGGUUGGACAUGGACAGUGAGGACGACGAUCAUGACGAUGACUCGUCCCUGCUCCGUCGUGUACAACCGCCGCCCAUGCGCCUGCGCCGGUACGAGGAGCCGUCGAGCAACUCAGACGACGACGAUCCUCCCUUUGAGAUCGUAGAUCCGUCUCUCGGACAUGUCACGAUCGCAGACCUCCGCUCCAACCGGGCUGGAGCUCCUGGUGGUAUCGUCAACGCACGCCACCCCAACAACAACGAGACCAUGCUCCGCGAGCAAACGCCGCCGAUGGCACCAGAGGAGGAGUCGCUCGACGAGGAAAUCCCUGCCCUAUUCGAGUCUGAAUCCGAGGCACAGAGAGAGAGCGAGGAGGAGCAGCAACAGCGCUGGGCUGGACUCGAACAAGAAAUAGAAGACCUUUUCGAUGGCGACGAGGAGCAGGAGGAGCAGGAGGCGGAUACAAACACCACCAUUUCGUCGCCGCUUUCUCCGCGUACACCGUCGACCGAGCAUCUCGACGGCCUCUUCUCAUGCCAGGAGGAAGAGGAAGAAGAAAAACAGCAAGAUCAAGAGCAGGAGGAGGAGGAGGAGGAUGGCACUGCUCAGAGCUGGACGGUGCUGCAACAUCAGGUGGCGGCGGCACACUCGCUCGACUACCAGAAAUCAGCACCUCCGGUGGUCCAACAAUUCCACAUUAUGGGAGAAGAGGACUCAGAGUCAGAAAUCUCUGAGGAGGAAUAGCAGCGGAAUCGCUUAGCCGCAUUUGUGG